GCUGAAGUCAUCAGUUAUCGCAUGGAGAGUGUGUUGCGCCGUGGCAGAGAGAGAGAGAGAGAGAGAGAGAGAGAGAGAGAGAGAGUUGCUCAACUGUGAAACUUUGAGCUGUCUAGGCUGCGUCAGUAAUGUAUGUAUAUAAAAAGGCGAGCUGAAGUUGAUAUUUCAAGCCGAAUUUGUGUGAAAGUUGUAGUUAAACUCGUGUGAGAUGCCGCUGAGACGCGGACCUCCUCCUCCGUACCGAAUCCGAUAAAGUUACGCGCACACACCUGGACACCCCGCGCUCCUUCCACCCGGGAAUACAGAAGACAGGGACGGUGGAUAAGCCACACUUCCAGCCUUUCUUCAUGUCAGCUUUGGCUCGUGGUGCGACCAAGAACUAACAGUUGGCUUUUGCUAUGAAAUCUGUGCGACGGACGGAAGACUAACGAUCUGUACGCUCCGAUGAAAUGUGCUACACCGUGUGGAUACCGAGCUGUCGCGCGCUCUUUUAGCGGCUUCUGGGAGGAUUUCUUACAGGAUGGUGGUGCCGAAUUGGCCCAGGUGUUUUUGGGCCAUUGUAAAUUCCCCUGAGCAGAGUUGCGGCUUCUGCCCGCUGUAGAAAGCGUGCGUUGCAGUACACGUUUGGCGCAACGCGUCUGUCGAGGACAUUAACAUUGGCAAGACAAGCAUCGCUCCUCCGGUUACUAUGCAAUUGCAACUAAUCUCCAUUGUAUUGAUCUUGCACUGGAUGGAGUACGCAAACUGUCAGCAUCAUACCUCCAGGCACCGGCAGCACGAGCGAGGUCCGGGAUGCAUGGGAGGCUGUCUGACCUGCUCGGCUUCGAAUGGGUGCCUGACAUGCAUGCCCAGGCUCUUCAUUCACCUGGAGAGGGAUGGCAUGAGGCAGAUAGGCGUGUGUCUGGCUUCCUGUCCCAAGGGUUUCUUUGGCACUCGCUCACCUGAAAAAAAUGACUGCUCCAAAUGUGGCUCUGAGUGCGACACCUGCUUUGACAAGAAUUUCUGCACACGUUGCAGAGCAGGAUCGUAUCUUCACAAAGGGAAAUGCCAAGAGAGCUGCCCAGAUAAUCUAGUGCCCAGUGACAUCAAGAGGGAGUGUGUUGCACCAUGCCCAGUGAACUGUGAGUCCUGCCUGAACAGUGACACCUGUACAAGGUGUAUGUCAGGUCAUUAUCUACUGCAUGGUCAGUGUCACAGCAUCUGCCCUGAGGAGUUUGAGCCCAGCGAGCAGUCAAUGGAGUGUAUUCCUAAAGUGCACUGUGAGGUGGGAGAGUGGAGUGAGUGGGGCCUGUGCUCGCGGAUAGGGAAAACCUGCUUUGGAGAAGAAAGCCGCACACGGAAAGUUCUGCAGAACCCCAGUCCUCAGGGCAACCCUUGCCCUUCCACCUUAGAGAAGAGAGAAUGCCUUGUUAAGAAAAAGAGAUGUGGGAAGGGAGACAAAGGCUCACAUAAAGGAGAGAGGAAGAAUCGCAACAAUCGAAAGGAGAAGACAAACAGUGAGGGCCGUCGAGAGCGGAAGAGAGAGCGAGAGCGGGAGAGAGAGCUGGGCACCAGGGACGAUGACAACAGGAACAAAACAGAACAGCGUCACAAAAGGACCCAGAGCAGAGGCACUAUAAUGGAAUAGGGAGAAUCUGCACGGUGAUCCUCUCAAUUAACCCUCCGCUGGUUCUCCCACCCCUCUGCCCCUUAACCUCCCCACUUUCAGGGGUGCUGCUGCUACCUGUAUAAUUUAAAUGUAUACUGUAUAUGCACAAGAGAAACAAAGCACUGAUCAGACAAGUGACAUGAACAGUGAAGCUCACCCUUCUCCCUUCUGGCUCAACGCUCUCAAAGGGCAUCUAUUGCUCAUGUGACAUCUUUCUCAUGCAGAGGAGUUGGAACGAUGUUGAACUCACUGUAGUGGAGUGGGACCUUUAUGAAACAGCAGACUGAUGAUGUUGACUCAGACACUGCCCUGGUACAGCAUCGCUUUGUGGUUUGAAUGUAGAGUUCUUCAACAUUAUGUAGAGUUGCUAUUGUAUAAACGUCUAUCUUUUAUUUUUUUUGGCUGAGUAAAUUAAAAGCUUGUGUCAUGGA